GGAAAUUUUAGCAUUAAUGCAAUGAUUAUUUGCGAUCAUAAUAUGGUUAUUAGAGCUAUUGAUGCUUGUCAUCCGGGUUCUAGCCAUGACUCCUUUAUAUGGAGCAUGAGCAAUGCAAGACAGUUUGUCAUGACGAAGUAUCGAGAUGGUGAUCACAAUUCGUGGUUAUUGGGCGAUGCCGGGUAUGCUCUGGAACCUUUUCUAUUAACACCAUAUAGAAAUCCAGAACCACGUGAGGGAUUAUUUCUGUGCCUCUUUGGGGUCGAAGACGGAUUGGUUUCCUCCUCACGGGCUCUUGCGGAUGUGGUAGGCAAAUCAUCAUCGCUUAAAUCGGGCGCGGAUACUGCCUCCUCCCCAGUUCCAAAAGAAGUGGACAUUGAUAUGCCAUCUACAACAGCGUACAGUCCGGAAAUUCUUGCUACCGUUUCCUACGCCUCCGACAAAGUGUUCCAGGAUAUACGCAGUGAAAUACUGCUUGGCAAGAAACUUAUCCUCAGCGAUUUCGUGGAGCAUAUUGAGGAGCGAAAGCUGACGCAGUUUCCAGAGAAGGUGUAUAAGCCCGCUCGUUUCUUCCACAUGUUUGGUAAAUCGCUUUUGUACAGGGAACUCAUAGACAUUGUAGCACGCCUGGAGCCCAAUAAGAGUCGAUACGAUAAAUGGAUUGAGGAAGCGGUGAUCGUAAAUGGCCUUGAAGCUUUAGUAAACAAUGUGAAUCGAAAACGUACGAAACUGUGUAGUGACAGUGCGAAGCGAAUUGAACAGUAUGUGAGCGGAUUGCCGGUGGAGCAGCGGCGCAAGGCGUUCGCACAAAAAAUGACUAAUUGGGCGCUGAAAAUGAAGGGAGCCGGAAAGUUGGAAGAAAAAAUGGAGCACUUUAGAGAGUUUCUGCGCUACGAAUACUUGGAAACAACGUCAAUGUUAGAUUAGGGGAAAGGCUGGGGAGGUGAUGAGCAACUGAAUGGGUUGAAGAGUGAAGAAUAAUUAAAAGUUAGUAAUAGAGUAAUGCAAAUUAGAUCGACAUUUUUUGUAAAUAAUUACUUACUAAGAAAUAAAAUGUUGAAUAAGCGCACCUUUGCAAAAAAGAAUUCAAAUUCAA